AUGGCGGAGACAGAGCAUGCGCAGAGAGUCCCGGAUGCAGAGUCGGCCCAGCAAAUGAGGAUGAGAGAGAGACAACGAUUCUUUGAGGAGGUCUUUCAACACGACGUGGAUGGCUACCUUUCCUCUGCACACCUGCAGAUAGGUUAUAAGAGACCGUCUUCUCCAGCUCUUGGCCACACUGACAUAGAAGAGGAUGGACUGCGGAGAAGUGACGUGUCCUUGAGAAUUGCUGACCCUUGUGAGAUCAAAUCCCGUAUGUUGUCCACUUCCUCCAACUCCACCUGUGACAGUCAGGCCUCCAAUGAGGAUGGAUCGAACACUCCUAUCGUUCAAUCAGAUGAUGAAGACGUGCAUGAAGAUUCACUUCACGUUGUGUCAUCAGAUGGUUACCAACGAUCCUGA